AAGGAGCCCCGCGCGGCGGCGGAGCGGGGAGCUGCGGCGGGGCUGGGGCCGAGCUCCCACCGAGCUCCGACCGCUCCGGGCUCCCACCGGCCAGCUCCGAGCUCCGACCGCUCCAACAGCUGCAAUCGAUCGUCUCCGAGCUCUGAACGGCCAGCUCCGAGAGCUCCAAGCGAUCGGCUCCGAGCUCCGAGAGCUGCAAGAGAUCGUCUCUGAGGUCCGAGAGCUUCGAGUUCCGAGAGCUCCAAGCGAUCGUCUCUGAGCUCCGACCGCUCCGAGAGGUGCAAGAGAUCGGCUCCGAGCUCCAAGAGCUAUAAGCGAUCGGCUCCGACCGAGCUCCGAGAGCUCCAACCAAUCGGCUCCGAACUCCGAGAGCUCCAAGCGAUCGAGUCCGAGCUCCGAGAGCUCCAAGCGGUCGUCUCCGAGCAGCCAGCUCCGAGCUCCCCAAGCAAUCGGCUCCGAGCUCCGAGAGCUCCAAGCGGUCGUCCCCGAGCCCCGGCAGCCCCGAGCUCGGCGCUCCCGGCCAUGCGGCGGCCGGUGCCGGCCUGAGAGGCGAGCAUGCGGGCCGUGGCGGGCUGGGCCGUGCUGGUGGCCCUGGGCGAGUGGCUGUGGGCCGGCGGCGAGGUGCCCCUGGCGGAUUUCUACCCGUUCGGGCCGGCGCAGGGCGACGCGGCUACGCGCAAGCAGGACGACGGCGGCUCCGAGCUGCGCCCGCUCGCCCUGCCCUUCCCCUUCUUCGGCGCGGGGCACACCGGCCUCUACGUGAACAACAAUGGAAUCAUUUCAUUCCUGAAGGAGGUCUCCCAGUUCACGCCAGUGGCCUUCCCCAUCUCCAAGGACCGGCGUGUGGUGGCCGCUUUCUGGGCGGAUGUGGAUAACCGACGGGCGGGCGAUGUGUAUUACCGGGAGAGCACCGAGCAGCCCAUCUUGGAGAGAGCGAGCAGGGACAUCGUGCAGUAUUUCCCUGAGUUCCCUGAGUUUUCCGCACAGUGGGUCUUCAUUGCCACCUGGUACCGAGUCACCUUCUUUGGGGGCAACUCCUUCUCGCCUGUAAACACUUUCCAGAUCGUCCUCAUCACAGAUGGCAAACUCUCCUUCACCAUCUUCAACUAUGAGUCCAUCACCUGGACCACGGGUAUGCACGCCAGCAGUGGGGGGGACUUUGCCGGGCUUGGUGGCAUCGCAGCGCAGGCAGGUUUUAACGCCGGUGAUGGAAAGCGCUACUUCAACAUCCCCGGAUCCCGCACCGAUGACAUCGCUGACGUGGAGAUGACGACAAAUGUGGGUAUCCCCGGGCGCUGGGUGUUCAGAAUCGAUGAUGCCCAGGUGCAAGUGGGGGGCUGCAGCAAUACAACCUCCGUCUGCCUGACGCUACGGCCCUGCCUGAAUGGGGGGAAGUGUAUCGAGGACUGCAUCACGGGGAACCCCUCCUACACCUGCUCCUGCCUGGCCGGCUUUACCGGGAAGAGAUGCCACAUCGAUGUGGAUGAGUGUCUCUCCCACCCAUGCCUAAACGGAGCCACCUGCCUCAAUGGUGCCGGCAACUUCAGCUGCAGGUGCCCAACGGGCUUCAGAGGUGCCAACUGCGAGACCGAAGAGUCGCCGUGUGAGAGUAAGGUGUGCCAGAACGGCGGGAGGUGCCAGGCGGUGAACGGGACGGCAACGUGCUCGUGCCAGCCGGGGUACACGGGGGCAGACUGCCAGACAGAGGUGAACGAGUGCGAGUCCAGCCCAUGCCUCAAUGGUGGGCACUGCGUCGACCUGCUCAACAACUACACCUGCGUGUGCCUGGAGCCCUUCGUGGGACAGCGCUGCGAGACCGAUUCAUCUUCCUGCAAGGACCAGAGCUGCCGGAACCGGCAGACGUGCAACUACAUCCGUCCUGGCCGCUACAUCUGUACCUGCUCCCCAGGUUAUUAUGGCAACAACUGCCAGUACGGUGGGCCCCGCGUUCCCAGCGCCUGCCUCUCCCAGCCGUGCCAGAACGCGGGCAGCUGCGUGGACACAGAGCAGGGCUACAUCUGCGAGUGCCCAGAAGGCUACACCGGGCAGGACUGUCGAGACAAGCUUUGGGAGGGCUGCGAGUGUCGCAACGGGGGCAGUUGUCUGGAGGGGAACAUGACCGUCUGCCAGUGCCCGCCUGGGUUUUUUGGUCUCAUCUGUGAGUUCGAAGUCACCACCACACCAUGCAACAUGAACACACAGUGCCCGGACGGCGGGUACUGCAUGGAGUAUGGCGGGAGCUACCUCUGCGUCUGCCACACUGACUACGGCACCAACCACACGAUGCCAUCCCCGUGCGACUCGGAGCCCUGCCUGAAUGGGGGGUCCUGCGAGGUUCACGACGACUCAUACACCUGCGAGUGUCCUCGAGGCUUCCUUGGCAAGCACUGCGAGAAAGCCAAGCCGCGUCUCUGCAGCACGGGGCCCUGUCGCAACGGGGGCACCUGCCGGGAGGCGGAUGGCGAGUACCACUGCUCCUGCCCCUACCGCUUCACUGGCAAGCACUGCGAGAUCGGUAAGCCGGACCCCUGCGCCUCGGGGCCCUGCCAGAACGGGGGCACCUGCUUCCACUACAUCGGCAAGUACAAGUGCGACUGUCCGCUGGGCUACGCCGGCCGGCACUGUGAGAUCGUGCCUUCCCCGUGCUUCCUGAGCCCCUGCGAGAAUGGUGCUACCUGCGAGGACCUCAGUGGGGGCUACGUGUGCAACUGCCCUGUGGGCUUCGUAGGGAAGCACUGCCAAUCUGAGGUCGACUGCGGCGUUCCCAGUGAGGUGAAGCACGCCCAGGUAUCCUUCAACUCCACCAAGGUGGGCUCACUGGCUGAAUACCAGUGUGAGCUGGGCUACACCCUCAGUCCACACAACCACCCCCGUGUCUGCCGCUUGCCGGGCGUCUGGACCGACCCUCCGGAAUGCGAUGAGAUCGAUGAGUGCCGGUCGCAGCCCUGCCUGAACGGUGGCCACUGCAAGGACCGCAUCGCCGAGUUCCUGUGCCUCUGUGAGCCGGGUUACACCGGUGCCCAGUGCGAGUCGGAUGUCGACGAGUGCCACUCAGAGCCCUGUAAGAAUGGCGGGACGUGCCGGGACCUCCCGGGGACCUUCACUUGCCACUGUCCCGAGGGCUUUGUGGGGACCCAGUGUGAGACAGAAGUGAACGCCUGCGAGUCAAGCCCUUGCCGAAACGGAGGGGAGUGCGAGAGCUACAGGGGCUCCUACCUCUGCGUGUGCCCAGAGGGUUUCUUCGGCUACCACUGCGAGACAGCCAGCGACCCGUGCUUCUCCAGCCCCUGCGGGAGCAGAGGCUACUGCCUGUCCAGCAACGGCACCCACAGCUGCACCUGCAAAGUCAGCUACACAGGCAAGAGCUGCGAAAAAGAAUUGCUGCCACCAACCUCAUUAAAGGUGGAAAGGGUGGAGGACACUGGUGUGUUGAUUUCUUGGCACCCACCUGAGGACGCAGCCGCCAGGCAACUCAUUGACGGCUACGCCGUGACGUACGUAUCCCUCGACGGCUCUUACCGCAGGACAGAUUUUGUGGACCGAAGUCGUUCUGCCCACCAAUUGCGGGCAUUAGCCUCCGGCAGAGCCUACAAUAUUUCUGUCUUUUCAGUCAAACGCAACGUGAACAACAAGAAUGAUAUCAGCAGGCCCGUCAUGCUCACCACGCGCACUAGACCGCGUCCGGUGGAAGGCUUUGAGAUCACGAACGUGACGGCCAGCGCCAUCACGGUGCAGUGGGCUCUCCACCGGCUCAAGCACUCCACUGUCAGUAGGGUGCGGGUCUCCAUCCGCCAGCUGGGGGACCUGGCAGACCGCACCGUGGAGCUCAACAGCAGCGUGGCCAAGUACACCUUCCUGGACCUGCAGCCAGGAGAGCGGUACAUCGUCCACGUCACAACGCUGAGCGGCCUGGGGACGGAAGACCACCCCUCAGAGAGCCUGGCCACGGCGCCCUUCCACGUGUGGACAAGGCCUCUCCCCCCUCAAAACCUUACCGCCUCCCGUGUCACCGCCACCUCCGUGUCCAUGGCAUGGGAGCAGCCGCCUGCCGGUGCCGUGGAGGGCUACAUCAUCAAUGUCACCACCACCCAGAGCGUCAAGAGCCGCUAUGUGCCCAAUGGGAAGCUCAUGUCCUACACGGUGCGGGACCUGCUCCCCGGGCAGCGGUACCGCCUGUCCGUGACGGCUGUGCAGAACACCGAGCAGGGCCAAGUGCACAGCGAGCCCGUCCACCUCUACGUCACCACCCUGCAGAGGGAUGGGGCUCCAGAGAGACGCUGGAGCCAAGCUGGACACCCCCGGAUCCUGCGCAACAGGCUGCCUCCAGCAUUCCUGCCUGAACUCCGCUUGCUAGCGGAUCACGACACAGCUGAGGAGCCCUCGCCAGCCCCCAGAUUCACCGAGCUGGUGGAUGGCAGAGGGAGGAUCAGCGCCAGGUUCAGCACUGCGCUCGCCAAAUCCAUCACUGUGAAGACACAGCCAGAUGCUCCAGUGAAGCUGGAGAACACGGAGGUGUCCAGCCAGGGCAGUCUGGCGCUGCAGCUACGCGAGGGGAAGAGCAAGAGUGAGGGGCAGAACUGCUCCACCAACCCCUGCAGGAACGGAGGCACCUGCACCAGGGACGCCGAGUCCUACCGCUGCGCCUGCCGCCUGGGCUUCAAGGGCCGGCUCUGCCAGCUGGCCUGCAAGAAGGUGCCACACUCGUGCACACGGCUGUACUCGGAAACCAAGCCAUUCCCCAUGUGGGAAGGAGGCACCUGCCACUACCUGUACAGGAGAGUCUACAAGGUACACCAGGACAUCUGCUACAAGGAGAGCUGCGAGAGCACCAGUUCCGAGAAGACAACCAGCAGAAAACCAAUCACCAAUCACACACUGAAGAAGCCAUAGAGGUCCAAAGCAAUAGAAGCUUCAACUUUCCACAUCUAAGGGCUUUUGAAACACCUGGAAGAUCAGAUCUGUUCACUGGGUUGACCACAGCAGGGGAACUUUCCUGUCUGGCAUCAGCCUCUCCCUCUCCUCCAGCCCGU